CUCGACAACUCUCUCGUACGCAGUGGUGGAGCCGUGUCGCCGCUUAGCUUGUAAACAAUGGCUGACACCACUUUGUCAUUUAGCCAUAUAUUUUCCAAAGUACAGUCGACUCUGCCCGGAUGCAUAAAGAGUGAAAAUGCCUCGCCGAUAACGGAUAUUUUUAACAGUAAAAUCCCAGAAACAACAAAGCACUGCAUUGAAGUUGCAGUCCGCAAUUAUGUCACCAAAAAGAUUAUUCAGGGAGAAAAAACAAACUUGGGUGCUAUCAGAGCUGUUACACUGAUCUGCAUAGAGUUGGUUCGAAAUGAGUUAAGCUUACCUACAUUACCAGUCCAGGUUCUUGGGGACUCAUUUGAUGCUCUUACCAUUGAUCUCUGUGAAGAACUGUUCACAUUUGUAGAGUCAAAUGUCAGCAUAUGGAAAGAAGACACAUUCUUCUCACCUUGCAAGACAAGUGUUUUGCGAAUGUGUAAUGAUUUGUUGCGGAGAUUAUCACGGUCUCAGAACACUGUGUUCUGUGGUAGAAUACUGCUAUUUUUGGCAAGGUUUUUCCCAUUUUCGGAGCGUUCUGGUCUAAAUUUGAUAUCUGAAUUCAACCUUGAAAAUGUCACAACUUUUACCAAUGUGGAACAAGACCCAGAGGAAAUGGAAGAGGAAACCAAAGAGAAGGAAGGCGGAGGAGUCAGUCUAGAUUAUACUUUGUAUACAAAGUUUUGGUCACUACAGGACUUUUUCCGGAAUCCUCCUCAGUGUUUUCAGAAAGCACCAUGGAAAAUGUUUACAGUGUACUGUGGAGAUGUUUUAGAAGCCUUCAAGAGCUUCAAGUUGGACAAUGUACAAAGUCGCAGCACUACUGCAGCUCAGAUAUCACGCUCACUAUCAACAGAACCUUCAUCCCAAGAGAAUUCAAAGUCAGAACCACAGGAUCAAUAUUUUGCUAAAUACCUGACCAAUCAGAAACUCCUUGAUCUCCAGUUCUCUGAUGCCAACUUCCGCCGCUAUGUUUUACUACAGAUUCUCAUACUAACGCAGUAUCUUACAUCAGACAUUCGAUUCAAAACGGAAACGCUCACAGAGGAACAACUUACCUGGGUCAGAAAGACAGAAGAACUGGUGUUUUCUUUGUUAGCUGAAACUCCACCCGAUGGAAUGGCAUUUGUUGGGACAGUAAAACACAUUCUUAAGCGAGAACUGAUGUGGAGUGAUUGGAAGAAUAACGGUUGUCCAGACAUCAAAGGUCCAAACGAUGAAACAGAUAAAAACCAGAAUGGCAAAAAAGACGAUUGGGAUGCUAAGGCCGCUUUGAAAAAGAGAGGAAAGAAGAGGUUGGGGGAAAUUGUCAAGGAAGCAGAUUCCAAGAAAAAAUUUUCAAUGGGAAAUGCAGAGAUGUCGCGUUUGUGGAAUUUGCAUCAAGAUAAUUUAGAAGCAUGUAAAUUACCAGAGAGGGACUUUGUACCAGCAUUGGAAACAUACUUCAAUCCUGCUAUUGAGCAACUUAGUGGAAAAACAGAUGUGAAGGAACAGGACAGGCUUGUAAAUGACAGUAAUUUUGGCUGGAGAGGCUUGCGUCUAUUAGCAAACAGAUCUCCACAUUUCUUCACCCAUUCAGCCAGUCCAAUUGCUACAUUGCCAGAAUACCUAACAACCAUGAUCAAGAAAUUAGCCAAAGAAUUACCGUCCCAGUUGUCGGAUGAUAUGAAGGCAGAGGAAGAAGAGGAUAAAGAAGAUGAAAAGGUAAUUUUAGAACAAAAUGACGGUGUCAAAGAUGAGGAGGAGUCUAUGGAGGUUGAUGGCGGAGAGGACCGACCAGAGGUGAGGGCCAUCAAUGAAGAAGAACAGAAAGCACUUGCCAAAAACCUAGUUAAAUUGGGUGGUGACAAAUGGAAAGCUCUAGCCAAGAAACUUGGAUUCCAAGAUGAUGAGAUCGAGUACAUGGAGACUGAGAAAGGCAAGAAAGGCAGUCCAGAAGGUGCAGCUGUGUACAUGUUUCAUCUUUGGGUGGAAAAUGAAGGUGAGGAGGCGAACAAGGACAACUUGCUCUACACUCUUGGUGGACUGAAGAUGACAGAAAUAGCAGAGGGAGUCUUCACCUGAUGUUCCUCUAAUUUGUCAUGUAAAGCAGAUUUAUCAUAGAUUUUGUCAGUGUAGGAAAUUAUUUAGUUAUACAAGUUCAGUUUUAUUUUUUUUAAUUAUCUUUUGUUUUAAAGGUUUCUGUAAAUAUAUAACUGAUCAAACUGUUCAGUUGUGUAUUGAAAGCAGUGUCUGAACUGAAAAUUUUAUUUAUGUGAAUGAACUAGCUCUGACAGUUGAAUAAAUGGUAGUUACCAGUCUUGAAAAUGGAUAAUUAUUGUGGUGUCAUAUAAAUGUAUGUACUCAGGUUUUUGAAAUACACUUUCACACCCAUUUCUGUGCCAUUUUCGUAGAUUGGUCAUGAAGAGAUGCAUUAUAUUGUUGUGUGACUGUAAUUCUUUAUGUAUGCAGUAACUGAAAUGUAUUGGUGAGAACAUUGGUAAUUUUCCAAUAAAUCUUUAAAGCCAAGUUGA